AUGGUUGUCACUGUCGUCACAGAAAACGGUCCCGGGGUUGUCUCUGUCGUCACAGAAAACGGUCCCAUGGUUGUCACUGUCGUCACAGAAAACGGUCCCAUGGUUGUCACUGUCGUCACAGAAAACGGUCCCGUGGUUGUCUCUGUCAUCACAGAAAACGGUCCCAUGGUUGUCACUGUCGUCACAGAAAACGGUCCCAUGGUUGUCACUGUCGUCACAGAAAACGGUCCCGAGGUUGUCUCUGUCAUCACAGAAAACGGUCCCAUGGUUGUCACUGUCGUCACAGAAAACGGUCCCAUGGUUGUCACUGUCGUCACAGAAAACGGUCCCAUGGUUGUCACUGUCGUCACAGAAAACGGUCCCGAGGUUGUCUCUGUCAUCACAGAAAACGGUCCCAUGGUUGUCACUGUCGUCACAGAAAACGGUCCCAUGGUUGUCACUGUCGUCACAGAAAACGGUCCCAUGGUUGUCACUGUCGUCACAGAAAACGGUCCCGUGGUUGUCUCUGUCAUCACAGAAAACGGUCCCAUGGUUGUCACUGUCGUCACAGAAAACGGUCCCAUGGUUGUCACUGUCGUCACAGAAAACGGUCCCAUGGUUGUCUAUGUCACAGAAAACGGUCCCAUGGUUGUCUAUGUUGUCACAGAAAACGGUCCCGUGGUUGUCUCUGUCAUCACAGAAAACGGUCCCAUGGUUGUCACUGUCGUCACAGAAAACGGUCCCAUGGUUGUCACUGUCGUCACAGAAAACGGUCCCGUGGUUGUCUCUGUCAUCACAGAAAACGAAAACGGUCCCAUGGUUGUCACUGUCGUCACAGAAAACGGUCCCGAGGUUGUCUCUGUCAUCACAGAAAACGGUCCCAUGGUUGUCACUGUCGUCACAGAAAACGGUCCCGUGGUUGUCACUGUCGUCACAGAAAACGGUCCCGUGGUUGUCUCUGUCAUCACAGAAAACGGUCCCAUGGUUGUCACUGUCGUCACAGAAAACGGUCCCGUGGUUGUCUCUGUCAUCACAGAAAACGGUCCCAUGGUUGUCACUGUCGUCACAGAAAACGGUCCCGUGGUUGUAACUGUCAUCACAGAAAACGGUCCCAUGGUUGUCACUGUCGUCACAGAAAACGGUCCCAUGGUUGUCACUGUCGUCACAGAAAACGGUCCCGUGGUUGUCUCCAUCAUCACAGAAAACGGUCCCAUGGUUGUCACUGUCGUCACAGAAAACGGUCCCGUGGUUGUCUCUGUCGUCACAGAAAACGGUCCCAUGGUUGUCACUGUCGUCACAGAAAACGGUCCCAUGGUUGUCACUGUCGUCACAGAAAACGGUCCCGUGGUUGUCUCUGUCAUCACAGAAAACGGUCCCAUGGUUGUCACUGUCGUCACAGAAAACGGUCCCAUGGUUGUCACUGUCGUCACAGAAAACGGUCCCGAGGUUGUCUCUGUCAUCACAGAAAACGGUCCCAUGGUUGUCACUGUCGUCACAGAAAACGGUCCCAUGGUUGUCACUGUCGUCACAGAAAACGGUCCCAUGGUUGUCACUGUCGUCACAGAAAACGGUCCCGAGGUUGUCUCUGUCAUCACAGAAAACGGUCCCAUGGUUGUCACUGUCGUCACAGAAAACGGUCCCAUGGUUGUCACUGUCGUCACAGAAAACGGUCCCAUGGUUGUCACUGUCGUCACAGAAAACGGUCCCGUGGUUGUCUCUGUCAUCACAGAAAACGGUCCCAUGGUUGUCACUGUCGUCACAGAAAACGGUCCCAUGGUUGUCACUGUCGUCACAGAAAACGGUCCCAUGGUUGUCUAUGUCACAGAAAACGGUCCCAUGGUUGUCUAUGUUGUCACAGAAAACGGUCCCGUGGUUGUCUCUGUCAUCACAGAAAACGGUCCCAUGGUUGUCACUGUCGUCACAGAAAACGGUCCCAUGGUUGUCACUGUCGUCACAGAAAACGGUCCCGUGGUUGUCUCUGUCAUCACAGAAAACGGUCCCAUGGUUGUCACUGUCGUCACAGAAAACGAAAACGGUCCCAUGGUUGUCACUGUCGUCACAGAAAACGGUCCCGAGGUUGUCUCUGUCAUCACAGAAAACGGUCCCAUGGUUGUCACUGUCGUCACAGAAAACGGUCCCGUGGUUGUCACUGUCGUCACAGAAAACGGUCCCGUGGUUGUCUCUGUCAUCACAGAAAACGGUCCCAUGGUUGUCACUGUCGUCACAGAAAACGGUCCCGUGGUUGUCUCUGUCAUCACAGAAAACGGUCCCAUGGUUGUCACUGUCGUCACAGAAAACGGUCCCGUGGUUGUAACUGUCAUCACAGAAAACGGUCCCAUGGUUGUCACUGUCGUCACAGAAAACGGUCCCAUGGUUGUCACUGUCGUCACAGAAAACGGUCCCGUGGUUGUCUCCAUCAUCACAGAAAACGGUCCCAUGGUUGUCACUGUCGUCACAGAAAACGGUCCCGUGGUUGUCUCUGUCGUCACAGAAAACGGUCCCAUGGUUGUCACUGUCGUCACAGAAAAUGGUCCCGUGGUUGUCUCUGUCAUCACAGAAAACGGUCCCAUGGUUGUCUCCAUCAUCACAGAAAACGGUCCCAUGGUUGUCACUGUCGUCACAGAAAACGGUCCCGUGGUUGUCUCUGUCAUCACAGAAAACGGUCCCAUGGUUGUCACUGUCACAGAAAAUGGUCCCGUGGUUGUCUCUGUCAUCACAGAAAACGGUCCCAUGGUUGUCACUGUCGUCACAGAAAACGGCCCCAUGGUUGUCACUGUCGUCACAGAAAACGGUCCCGUGGUUGUCUCUGUCAUCACAGAAAACGGUGCCAUGGUUGUCACUGUCGUCACAGAAAACGGUUCCAUGGUUGUCACUGUCGUCACAGAAAACGGUGCCAUGGUUGUCACUGUCGUCACAGAAAACGGUCCCGUGGUUGUCACUGUCGUCACAGAAAACGGUCCCGUGGUUGUCUCUGUCAUCACAGAAAACGGUCCCAUGGUUGUCACUGUCGUCACAGAAAACGGUCCCGCGGUUGUCUCUGUCAUCACAGAAAACGGUCCCAUGGUUGUCACUGUCGUCACAGAAAACGGUCCCAUGGUUGUCACUGUCGUCACAGAAAACGGUCCCGUGGUUGUCUCUGUCAUCACAGAAAACGGUCCCAUGGUUGUCACUGUCGUCACAGAAAACGGUCCCAUGGUUGUCACUGUCGUCACAGAAAACGAUCCCAUGGUUGUCACUGUCGUCACAGAAAACGGUCCCAUGGUUGUCACUGUCGUCACAGAAAACGGUCCCAUGGUUGUCACUGUCGUCACAGAAAACGGUCCCAUGGUUGUCACUGUCGUCACAGAAAACGGUCCCAUGGUUGUCACUGUCGUCACAGAAAACGGUCCCAUGGUUGUCUAUGUUGUCACAGAAAACGGUCCCAUGGUUGUCUAUGUUGUCAAAGAAAACGGUCCAAUGGUUGUCACUGUCGUCACAGAAAACGGUCCGACGGUUGUCACUGUCUUCACAGAAAACGGUCCGACGGUUGUCUAUGUCGUCACAGAAAACGGUAUCCUAGACAUGUCCAUUAUCACAGAAAAUGGAACCCUGAUAUAA